GUCAGACGGCAGGUUGAGCUGCGUCCGGCAGCGUCGCGGAUUGCGCCCACGCCUAGCUUCGCGUCUUCGACCGUCGUUUAUUUAUGGGAGGGGCUUAGUCGCUUCCGCCUGCCUUCCGAGUCAUCGAGAGAGCUCCACCCUGUUUCCGGGGUGGAAGUUGAUUGAUGGAAUAAAUAACGUUGGCUUAGCGCGCGAGGCCGACCAAGUGACGUGAAAGUUAUAAUAAAUACAUGCAUUUUUGUUUGCAAGUGUUGUGAAAAUAUAAUUUAACUGAGGAAAAUACGUUCUCGUUAAAAAAAAAAAAAAAAAAAAAAAAUUCAGUGUUGAAAAAAACUUGAAAAAAAAUAUAUAUAUAUAGUUGGUGGUUGGGAUGUUGUGAUGCGUGUGUGACCUGGUGAAUCGAUCAUCUGGCCGACGCAUAGCUGCGUCCGUUCUCCAGGAUGACUUCGCCCAGGACGCUUCUUGUAGCCGCCGCGACGCUGCUCAGCUGUUUCCGUCCGGCUGCUCUUAAAGGUCCGCAGUUCUACUUCACCAACUCGCAGCAGCCAACGUUCGUGCCCGGCUUCCAGCCGCCGCUGAGGCAACAGCAGUACGACGACUUCUUCCGGCAGAUCCAGAGCUCGAGCCCCUUCUCUGCCUUCCAGUCGCAGACUCCUCCGCCACCGUCCACCUUCAGGCCGUCGCAGCGCCUGCCCCAGUACAACCUGCAGCAGCAGCAGCAACAACAGCAAGCCCUGGCGCCGUCGCUCCAGCCCUCGCCCUUCCAGCUUCCCCCGGCGUCCGUGCCCGCUUCGCACUACAACUCCUUCCAGCCCGAAGACUUCCCUCCCCAGCCGGACACCGCGUCCUUCUUCCCAACACAGCACCAGCAGCAACCCAACUCUCCGGAGCUGAGGCCGAGCGUGCGACAACCACAAACACGCACCUUCCCCCAGGAGUACACGAACAUCGGGAUUCCGACGGAGUACUCGAACCCGUCCCCGGCUUCUGCUGCUCAGGGUAGCCUGAAACACCCCCAAACAUUUCUGGAUCAGAUAACUUUGAAUUCUCCUGGGUUUUCGGGUUUCCCACAGCGCCAGAGGAAUGCAAAUAAUUUAAGGCUGAUCCAAGGUUUUUCGGAUAUUGAUAGUCCCAGCGGACUGGUUGACCAAUUUUCUUCUGCGCCUCAAAGGCCGCACAAAACGCAGAAUGCUUUCUCGCCAUCAUUGUUGCCUCAACAAGCAAACAGAUCUGGAAAAUUUGUGUCAGAAGAUGUGGAACUGAAUACAUUUGUUGAUCAAAAUCUGGAAAUAGAUGAUUCAUCUAGUGCCAGACCUAGUACAAGCCAAGCACCGACUACUUCUAGGUCAAGAAACGAUGAGAGGAAAGCUGAUGCUGCACUCAGGAAGAAGCCAGGAACAAGGCCUCAGCCAGGGUCCAGAGGGAACUUUCUUUCACCAAAGAAUUCUAAGUAUCCUGAAUCAGAAAACACCAGCACAAGCCCAAAGACUCCAAGCUCUGGCCGAGAUUACGAUGCUUAUGAUAUUCUAACUCCCACUCCAAAAACUAGCUCCAAAGCAAGAAACAAUGGUAGGUAUAGGCAGUCAACCACUCCAUCAAGCAAACCCACUACUUACAGGGCGAAAAAUAGGUUUAUACCAACAACUAAAUCACCCACUAAAGUGCGGCAAUUUAAUUUACGCCCUUCAAAAGUUCCAUUUCAGCCAAAACGUGCAUCUACGACAUCAACAACAGAAGCUGAAAUUUAUGAGGACUAUGAUUAUUCUGAGGACAUAGCAAAUGAAAAAGAUCUUAGAAAUCACAGCUUAACAGAGAUGCCAAAUGAACACAAACAACACCCAACUAAAACCGACACUUCCAAAAUUUCACAAAUCAACCAAAGUUCCAGUUUGCCAUUAGAUACCGCAAAUAAAACUGAGAUAGUUAACGAAACUGUGAUUAAAAACGUACCUUCAGAGACGGAUACAAGUUUAACUGGUGAAACUACAACAUAUUUCUCAAACUUUGGCGAUGAUAGUACUACAAACGUCCAAGAUGAGCCGUUAAUACUAGAAAAUCAUGAUUACUUUCAUAGAGACACAGAAGAAUUCUCUAAGAACAACUUUGAUGGAAAGGAUGUCACAUCAUCUUUAUACGAUGAUGAGCAAGAUAUUAACACCCCUAGCCUUGCUGUUGAGGACUUAAUACAUACCGAUUUUAACUUGCAGAAUAAUACUGAAAUCCCAAUAAAUUCACAACAGACAACAAUAACAAUUCCAAAAGAAGAAAUUAAUGAGGAAAAUAGCACAAGAAUAUUCGAUAUACUCACAAUGAGUCCCAAUCAUACUCUUGUCGAAGAAGAUAACUUCAAAGGAUUCGUGGACAGUGUUUUAAUUGAUACAACAGAUAUACCCAUUGAAAUUGAGGAAUCAGUAACAUUUUCCACAAGCACCACAACAAAAUUAAACACAAAAACAAGCUUUAGGGAAGUUCCUUCAACAGAGGCGAUACCAACUAACAAUACUGAAAAAUUUCUAAUUAAAAAAGCUGUUGAAGAACAGCCAAUUGAAGAGGCCAUAGUUUCUGUUGUAACAACUAAGAGUGUGGUAAACAGUGCCAUUCCAAUGUCCAUGUCAUCUAAAAGUUCCAGUAUUGACUAUGAUCAGAUGGUAACACCAUUUACUUCCAUAAAUUCAUCCGAAAAUACUACUACCAAUCCUACAGAAAGCUGGGUCAUAGUGGCAUCAGUACAAACCAGUCGAAGUGUUUCUGGAGCUAGAUUUUUACCUUCUGGAGCCGUAAAACAAGAAGAAGUGAAAGUCCCUCUAUCAGGUAAGCCUUUGGGUGAAGAUUUGAAACAAGACUGGUUAAAAGAAAAUAUGAAUGAUGACAUGCACAACAUCCAUGCUUUGGAAGAAACACUAAAAUCACUCCAGAAAAAUGAAACAGAUACAACUGUGAAAACUGUGACUUCAUCGACCAAAAUCCCAAGUAUGGAAAACAUCUUAAAAUUGAGUGCAAAUUCUUCUGCCUCUACAGAAAGUAUUAUUGACAAGCUUGAUCGUGUGCAGUCAGAACUUUCAAGUGGAAUUCUAACGGGUGGUUUUAGAAAUGGAGUAAACAAACUUCAACUUGAGGUACUGACAGAAAUGUCUUCAGAUAAACCAGCUGAUAUAAUGCCAGUAAGCCACACUAAAAAUAUUACAAGCACCACUACCUCCACUACCCCGUCCACGACAACAACUUACAAGACACCUGUGUUUAUUCGUAAGUUUGAACCUCAUUCAAGUCGAACAACAGCAAAGCCAAAGAAACCUUCUAUUUCUUUUGAUACCAUUCAGAUGGAUGACUUAACUGGACUUCUGCCAUCAGGUUUCAAACCCAGGGCACCAAGUCGCAGAACUACAACCACCACAAAAGCUCCAAAACUAAAUGAAGAAAUGCAAGGCGAUGAACCUCGCAAGCCAGCGCUACCCAUUACCGGAUUUAAAUUGCGUAAUUCCACUAGCAGACUAUCAGGUGCUAGGUCAACAGCAACCACCAGCAACAAAAACAAAAUUCAAGUCCAAGACCCUAUCAGUCCCGGAUACAAGGCUCAAGAAGAAAACGAGACAAACUCUUCUCAAAUUCCUAAGGGUUUACAAUCAGUUUUGAGUAAAAUUAAAUUUGAUACACCUUCAUCUCUACUGCCUCCAGGUUACAAGCCCCCAAAAGAAGAUGUUACAACAACAGAAAAACCAAAACGUGUGGAUGAUCUGUUCAAGAAUGUCAAGGUAGAUGACCUUAGUAAAUUUUUACCACCAGGAUACAAGCCUCCAAAAGAAAGUACAUCAAGCACAACAGCUAAGCCACGCACUUUAGAAGAUAGUUUACUAAAGAAAGCAAAGCCAGUUGAUGUGUCAGCAUUUCUCCCACCUGGAUUCAAGCCUUCAACAGCAGUCACAGAAAAAACCACAACUUCCCUCCUCGAUUCUUUGGCAAACAAGGUCCAAUUUAAAGAUGUAUCUGCAUUGCUUCCUCCAGGAUUCAAACCAAGUGAAAACAGCUCUAGCUCCACAACUACCACUUCUUCACCACCCAGCGGUGGAGGUGGUUUGAAGGUUGUAUUUCCGAGCAGACCUGGGGUGAAUCGCAAGACUACUCCACGCACCACUACUGUGCAGCCUAUGGCAGAUCCUGGAUCACCAGUCACAAAAUUGAAAACAUGGCCAACAAGAGCCACGACGCAGUUCACGGGCUGGCCGACCGUCUCCACGACACCCAUCUCCAUCGAGAAGCUGCUGGAGAUGGCCAAGACGGCCUCGACGAGCAGCAGCAGCAGCUCCACCACAACCACGACCACUACCACCACCACCACGACCACCACCACGACCACCACCCCGAGGCCCACCACCCCGGGCGUGUGCGCCGGCGAGUGCGACCUGGCGGCCACCGUGAAGCUGGUGGGCGGCGCGCGGUGGGUGCCCGAGCUGCUGGACCACAACACGCAGGAGUGGCAGGAGCUGGCCAACGAGGUGCAGGCGCAGCUUGAAGACGUUUACAGGAAAAAUGAGCUGUUGAGCCGCUGGUACAAGAAGAUAAGGAUAGACUCGUUCAGCAAGGGCAGCGUGCUGGUCGACUACUUCGUGGAGCUGAACGAGCUGGGGCGCCAGGUGGACACGCUCGAGCUGAAGAGGCUGUUCCACGAGGGCCUGUCCAGCCCCGUCGCGGGCUCCGCGCGCCAGGGGGGCGGCUCCCGGGACGAGCAGCAGCAGCCAGAAGACGCCGGGGCUCCGCCCCCGGGCGACGCGCUCAAGCUGGGGGCCUUCUACGUCGACCCCGACUACACCGACUUCAUAGUUAUUCCAAAACAGACAAUACCCACUGUUGGCUAUGCUGAUGAGGACGUUUUCCUACCUCAGUGGGCCAUUGCUGGUAUCGUCAUUGGACUGGCAUCGCUACUGUUCGUCCUGAUAUUUGGUGUUACUGUCUUGGUGAACCGCAGCAAGCACAACAAGAAGCAGCCCAGCCCGCUGACGGAGGAGAUGCUCAACGAGCUCAACAAGAACCACAUGGGCGGCGUGGAGAACUACGGCGCCGAGGACCUGUACAACAUGGAGGACGUGUGGAACGACAAGACGUACGACAAGCUGCCCAAGAAGAGGUCGUCAGCAUCGCUGCAGGAGAACAGCAUGUCCAACCUGUACGACAGCUGGCGCUCGGAGUGGAACGGUUACUACUACAACGCCUACUACGGCAACUCGAACGCCGGAGGGGGAGGCGGCAGCAGCACCAGUGGAUACGCCCGCCGCAGAUCCGACUACGACACGAAUUUCUGAAUGUUUGAAUAGAAGAGUACGCUGGAAGCGGUGCAGCGGUCUGAACAGGCUACAAUAAUUCCACGUGAUACAGAAUAUCAGGACAAACUAACCAACCACUUGUAAUACACACAACAAUGUUUGAAACGCGCACAAGACAACGUUGUCCAAAACCAUUAUUUUUAACGUAGGCAAUAUCAUAAGCAAAAAUAACUUGUAAUAAUUUUAUUUAUGGCUUUUUGAAAAUAAAAUUAGUACUGCUUUUUAAAAUAGAAGAUAAUUAAGAUAAAUAUAAUUUUCAAUAACAUAAUUAUCUUUGAAUAAGAAUGCCAAGUUAUUAAUAACUAUUUAUCUCUAGUCACCUGGCCAAUUUUUUUCCAAUAUGUACUGCACUGUGAAAUUACAUACUUGGAAAAUGUAACAGUUUUGUACACUCUACAUAAGAAAUUUUGUGGAAUAAUGCUGAUGUUCAUAAAAUGCAGAUAAGUCCUGAUGUUCCUACAAGAAUGCAGAUAUUUAUACUAUGAGUAGAAUCAGGAAAACUGAUUCCAUCACAUCAUAAACAGUGAUAUUGAAGAGACUUAACUGAGAUUGGGCAAAUGAAUACCUGGCAGCAGACAUUUUUCUUAAUGCAAUUAGUAAAACAGGUGUGAGUUGUUCAAUUCUGAUGAGAGGGUUGCAUGUGAGGUUGUUUAUGAAGAAUUGUGAAGAGGAAAAGCAGUAAUUUAAGUGUUGUUUGUUGAUCAAGACAUACAUCUGAUAUUUGUUUAUGUAUAAACGUAAAGCUAUACAAACCAGAUGUCAAUUUGUAGUAUUAUAUUAAUAUUGUACAUGUUCUCACUACUCAGUGGUUUUUAACUAUUAUAUUGAGAUGUUAAAUGUUUGGAAACUAUUUUCGGAGCAAUUUUUACACGGAUGUACUUCAUAUACAUGUAGUUUAAGAUGUGUAGUUUAUAGAUCAGAAUACGUCUAGGAAAGGUAUGAAAUAGUUUAGUUUAAAUAAGUUAUUAAUAUUGUAAUACUAACACUGCCUCUGAAGCAGUGGGGUUGAAGGUUACAAUAUUAAAAGUAAUUCCUUCUUUGUUUAACUGCAUUGUACUCUUCUCUGAAUCACUUUUAUUUGUUGUUUUUAUUGGUACAUGCCUAAAAUAUAAUUUUUAUUACCCACAUUAUAAUAUUAAAUAUUUAUUAGCAAUAAGAUAGUGGAAAACAAUAUUUAUUUAAUAUUUUCAUGGACAUAGGUUAAUGCAAGGGAGAAUGGGGAUAUCUCCCCCCCAGAAAUUAAAAGAAAAAUCGAUCAAAUCUAUUGUAUCCACCAACAAAAGAAAAGAAUCUGAAAGCAAACAGCUGCAAAGGAGGGUGUUUUUCAUAAAAUUAAAUUUUUCCAAAUUAGUCAGUGAUCUCUUCAAUUACUCACUUUCAGUUGAAAGUAACCAACCAUCUUACAUUCAAUACACGUGGUUAAGUUAAAUAUUCUCUGUGAGCCCAGAAUUAUUUUCAGAUGUGACUAUUCAAAUUGAAGUGUAAAUGUGACCACUAAAUCCUGCCGUAAGUAUGGGGGUUUGCUCCUAAUACUCCUAUUUCCUCCACUGCCAUCAUUCUGCCACUCAUAUGCCCCCAUUUGCCCUCCCCAGAAUGGCAGAGGAGCCUCGAAUAAAAAAAAAGCUGAUCAUGAUAUCAAGCUUUGUAUUUUAAAGAUAAUGAUGACUGUUCAUGUUCGUACUAUUAUAGACUUCCGAUAAUCCGGCACCCAACGGUCCGGAAUGCCCGAUGGUCCAGCAUGACCUAUGGUUCGGCACCAGCGGGGAAUGUAUGGACUUUGCCAACUUAGCGUACUUUAUCUAUGGUUGAAAACGCUUUUCCAGGUAACACAUGAGUGGUCGAAAGCGCUCUAUACGAGCCUGGGAUCAUUCGGAAGUGAUCAGCAUGCUCAUGUUUUUUGUUCAGCAGAACUCAGCAGUCAUUGACAGCAAAUUUAGUUUAGGUCUGUAUUUGUGUUGAAAGGUUUAUCUUUAUGUUCCUGCUAAACAGUACUUGAUGUAGAACGCCAUAGUACAGGUGUAUUUGAUCUACAACUUAGCGUUUAGCUAUAGCGGAAGGUAUCGUAAUUGCAAACUCCAGAAUGUGCCAGUUCAUCGGAAGUCUACCAAACCUAAUCUGUGCAAAAAAAUGUAAAAAUUGAAUAUUAUUAGCGUAGUUCCUUAUGUUUUCUGUUGUGAACUGUGAAAAUACUUUCCAUGUAGCCUCAUCAUAACACUUCCCACAACCACACUUACAUCUAACUCUAAGUGCAUAAUUAAAUUCAAUUUACAGGUACUGGCAUACACACAAAAUUAAAAAAUUGGAAGUGUUUUAAAGUGCAAGUACAUAUUCACCAGCCUAAAAACAAUAAAAAUAAUUCUUUUUUGUUCAAUUUUCCACCUUCAUACCCACUAAUCACUUUUCAGGAAACUCUGACACUUUCAUAAAUAACACACAUCAGUUUAUAUAAUAUAUUCUCGGUACAUGCAGUUGAAUGGUGGAAACAAUCAUUUAAAAUCAGUAUAAAAAUAAAUAUUUCCAUAGCAGAAAUAUUUAAGUUUAGAUGUACAUAUCUAAUUUACUCAAUUUUAAGAUGAAUCUGUUUUGUAACUCUUAGUAUAAAAUGGGAUUCAAUUUGUAAUCAAUAUUAUUUCCAUUUUCUGACCAUUUCUUGGACCCAUUUUCAAUAAUUUUCAAAAUGAAGUAAAUCUAAAACUUAUGGUUAAAAUGUUUUUUUUUUUACUGAAACUAAUGAAUAGGAAAAAUGAGUAUGUCCAAAAACUUAAAGGGUUUUAAAUUCUAUUAAAUAUAGUACCGACAUGUGUAGAGCACUUCAUUAUAAAAUUAUAUUCAUUGAACCUAAAUUAACUUAUAUUUUAAAAAUAAUAUUUAUAUACAAAUAAUGAUUAAAAUCUACACUGUUUAUGGGAAAUUAACAUAGCAAAAUCUCAUUUAUUAAAAUUCAUUACUAAAAACAUGCAUACCUAGAUUAAAAGUAAAUGAGAAUGCAUGAUUUAUAUUAAAAUGAAAACUUUAAAACUAAAUAUUCACAUUUAAAACCUUACAAAAAAAUUCAAAACUAAAUUUCCUUGUUACAUAUACUGUGGAUUUAAUUUCAUUAUUUGAUUUUUUUCCAGUGAUUACAGCCAUUCAUUUAAAUAGCCUAAACAAUAGCACUGAAUGAUAUGCAAAGUAUCAAAAUGUGCAAAUUAGAAUAAAAAAGAUUUGAUAUGAUGGAACUAAUAUAUCACACAUUUUAAUGGAAAUUUUUUUUAAGCCAUGAAGAAAACUUGUUUAUAUAAUAUUUAUUAAUAUUUUUGACAUUUAAAAUUUGCACUGGUGCUUGAACAAUAUAAAGAAUUAAAUAUAUUAGAUGUUAUAUUUUAUCGGAAUUUUUAUUUAAUACUGAUUGCAAUUGUGUAAACUGUAACAUGUUCUUCAGUGUUUUUGUUAUGUUCCACGUGCACCUUUUUAUUCCGUUGUUCCAUACAUGUUACAGAUUGUCGCCAUGCCGCACUUGUACACCAAAACCUGAGUCAGUCGUGCCACACUUAACCUCUUAAUCUUCCUUCACUUAUUCCCUAUAACUAUAGUCCCGGAAAUUUCGUCGCGGUUUCUUCUGGCCUCAGGGUAUAAUUCAAAGUAAUAUUUUUUGUGCUCAACCCAUGUUUGCUUUCCCAUUGGUUUAUUUCUUAGUGAGAACAAUUUUUUCCUUUGUUAAUAGCACUAUCUGAAUCGCUUACUUCUCUCCUAGCUGAACAUCGUUGGCUCACGGUCGUAAAGGGGCGUGUCCAAAUUAACUGAGUUCCAAUCAUGACCACACUACGAUAGUGUGACGGUUUGCGUUCUAACUUGUGACUCAAUGAACGCGCGAAAUUUCCGUAUCCCUAGGUAUAACAUAACAUAUCCCACAGUUUUCCUUUGACAAAAUGAAAUGUCAUUUAACACUUCAACAUGAGCAAAACAUUUUACAAUACUUGCAUUAGUGUUUAAUGUUAUGGCAUGUCAUUUAUUAUGUCCAUUUAUUACUUAUGAUUCUGAAGUGACUUGUACUCAGUAGCUAGGUACUAUUUUAAAGUAUCUGUAAGACUUUGUAAGAUAUUACAAAGUAGGUACCGUUAAGAUACCUACCAAACAAGGUGGCAUGUGAUUAAUAAAUAGCGGGUAAACUUUCUUUGAUUUGAAUUGGAGAUUGUUUAUAUCUGUUGGGCAGCAUAUGUGUUCGUAAAAAUACCUACAUUGUAUAUUUGUCUAAAAAUAUAAAUGUUAACAUGAUAAAGGUAGUAAUAAAAUAUGUAGUAAAAAUUCUAUUUUCAAAGUUUUUCAAAAAGAGAGCCUUCAUUUGGACAUUAGGUGUGUUACUCAUAAGUCAUAACCAAUAACAUUUUUAUAUUUAUAGAAGCAGCCUUGCUUGGUUAGUAGGUAGUACAUUUUAACCAUUAAAAUUAGUGGUUUUAAAUAAAUUAAUAUCAUGGAAAUAACACUAGAACAAAUUCUUCCCAACAGAAUCACUGCUUGGAUAUUGCCACUAUGUACCUUGUUAAAAAAAAAAAAAAAAACUAACAUUUUGACUCCAAUUGUAAAUAUAACUGUAAAUAUCUGUACAUCUGUUUUGAGUUUUGUCCAGCAGUUUAAAUCAGAAAUUAGACCAAUUGAUAUUAAUAAUAAAUGAAUCUACAUUCAUUAUUUGAAUGCACUGAAACUGCAUUCAUUAUACUGUAUUUUGUAAAAAAAUAUAUUUGUUCAAAUUGUUUUGUGUAAUAAAUAUAAGCUAUUAAAAA